UCUACGGAUGUAAUGGGCGUGUCCUGUACCCGAGGAUCAAUACUGAUGGGUUCGAGGACGUAAAAGCCCAGUUCAUAUGCGUUUAAGUACCCCAGUGCUUCUCAAACGCUUAGAUAUAUGGUCGUCUGACCGCUAACGAGACCCAUUCACAACAUGCCCACCCGAACCUACAUCUUCAAAGUUGAUCUUCUUGAAUCUCGAGACCCACAAAUCUCGAGGACCUUUUCCAUACCCGCAUCAUGGACGUUUCAAAAGCUUCACGCUGCCAUUCAGCAUGUCUUCAUGUGGCAGAACGAGCACCUCCACGUAUUUACGUUCCAAAUUCCAAUUGGAGGGGGUAGAAACCAGGUCGUAUCGAUACAAGAUACGGACAUGAUGGGGCGGGAUGAUGAAGGAGACGAUAUCGUCCUUGAUGAGAAAACAGUCAAGCUCAAGGACGUGUGGGAAGAGAGCGGGAGGUAUCGCAAGCAUGUUACCAACAACAGAACCCUAGGGGGCUGCUUCUAUGAAUACGACUUUGGUGAUGCUUGGGAGCACGAAAUCACCUUGCUAUCUACCGUCAUGUCUAAUGCCAAAGAAGUUUCAGUCCUCGAGGUAUCUGGUUGUGCACCUCUCGAGAACAGCCACGGAGUAAUGGGAUGGGAGGGCCUCAAAAGAGCCUUCGCAGAUCCUAACCCAAAUGACGUGUCCCUCGAAGCAAGGAGGUUAUCAUGGCUAGUUUCGCCUCUCGGGGGCGCAUUCCACCCUUCUAUCGCCCCGACUACACAGCAGCUCAAUAUACCUGGGCUAUUUGACCGACGGUUCAGAGAGAUCCGCAAGGGCCUUCUAUGAUUUGUGCCAUUGUGGCGCGGCCGCCUUGGGUUAUAAUUAUCAGAUCGUGCGCUGCACAGUCACUACGGCUUUAUGUAUAAUAUGAGGAUAGUACUCACCAUCGUUAAUUAGGACGUACUUACUUACUUUGAAAGCCACUGUAAAAUACCUAGAGCAGUACAGCGUAUUUGCUGCUGCUAUGUAGUACUAGAAGGAUACCCAAUCCUUGAUUGUAGUCUUUAGAUCCCAGAGCUCGUGCAGGCCAUUGAAUGUUCACAUAACGGAUCGGAUCAUAUAAUAGCCAGCGAGUAGAAGAGACUCAAAGCGGUGAGCUGAGACGUGGUGGUGAGCGCUGGAAACCUGCACGAUGCAGCUGGACCCUGGCCGCAAAGGUCCGAGUCGGGUCCUUGGUACGCCUGGUCA